AUGAGGCUGAAGCACCUUCACAUCCUCAAGGCAAAGGGUUUUACACCACCCAAAGAUGAAUCCCAAUUGAUGAAUGGGUAUUGGGACACCCCUAUAGACUGGAUCCCAGGAAUGAAAAACAUAAGGGUGCGCGACAUUGCCAACAACUUUCGAAUCCCCGGCUCCGACGACACCUUGCUUAACUUCACCACCGACGCCAUCAAAAGGACCAAUGACGCAACGCACAUCAAGUGCAAUCUCUUGGAAGAGCACAACGAGGGCCUCCACCGGUUGGAAUCGAAGGAGCCCAAGUCCGUGAUCUAUGUGAACUUUGGGAGUAUAGUGCUCAUGACGCCUCAACAAAUGGUUGAUUUAGCGAUGGGACUCGCUAAGAGCAAAUGCUAUUUCUUGCGGGUCCUGAGGCUUGACGCAGCGAAUGAAGACACCACAACUCUUCCUAGAGAUUUGGGGGUUGGAUUGGAGAUUGAUGGUAACGUGAAGAGAGAUGAAGUGGAGAGGCUUGUGAGGGAGUUGAUGGAAGGAGCGGUGGGGGAAAUGAGAAGCAAGGCCAUGGAUGGAAGAAGAUGGCAGAAGAAGUAA